AUGGCGACAAACAAGGAAGAGAAGUCGGAACAACCUCAAGACCAACAGUCCGAAGAGUCCUCCAACGAGGCCCUUGAAACCCCAGCCCGGCCUAGCUUGGACUGGAUGAAUGACACUCUGCAAUGGGGAACAAAGGUGCCGCCGGGCAAGCACGGUAUUACCAUCGGAGACCUUCAGGUCGGCGUCUACGGGGACAUCCCCGAGGUCAGCACCGAUAUGACCCGCCGGCCCAGGGGCGCUUUCCCCAUUCCUGGCAUCCCCCGAACAGACCUGUAUGCGCUGAGCGCCAAGGUGGAUAUAUGGGCCGACAACGCCGCGGACCUGUACGAAGAGGCUAUCCAAAGGCGUUGGAUGGCCCAUGCCGACGUCCCUUGGGAUGACUUGGCUCCUUUGCCAGAUGACGUUGAGCUCGCCAUGCGGCAACUCUGCACUGAAUUGGCCCAGCAGGCCUCGCUGGAGACCGACGUAAUCGGCCAAUGGCUCCACCGUAUGAACUACGCCUACUAUGAGGUCAAGGCCUUCCUGGCGACUGAGAUCUUCGACACUGGGCGCCAUUUCGUUGCCUUCCGGCAGCGUGCCCUGGCGAAUGGCGGCAAGUUGGGCUUGGAGAGUCCGGGCCACUUCAACCGGCGCUUAAUGGAAGCCAGGGCCGGUUGGACCGAAGUGGCGAUAUACCUUUACAUAAUCCGCGGGACCCUCACCCAAUUGGUCUUGCGCUACGCCGAGGCCUAUGCUCAAAGCCCGGCGGAAAAGUACCUUUUCCGCAAGUGCUUGGAGGACAAAGCCCGCCAUGUAGCCUAUGGACUGGCCCACGUGAAGUACGCCGUGGAGAACAGUGACCCAAGCUUUGGCUUGGGGCUGAACAACCUCAUGCGGGCAGUGGAGGGAGACCUGAGCCAGGAAAUGCAGGACCCCGUGAUUUGGGAGGCGCUGGCUAUUAUAUUCGGCGGCGGUGUAUCAAACAUGGUCGAGGGUAUGGAAGUGGUCAAGGGCCUCCAGCAACGGUUCAUAGAGCAAUACUUGGCUCGCAUGAAGUGGGUCGGCAUUCCCAAGACAGAAGCAAAUCUUAAUCCGGGCCUGGCUGUCUACCUCCGAAGGGAAGAAGCUACGCCGGCCUGA